AAAUAUGAGAUUUUUCUAAAAAUUUUACAUGAUUUUAUUUAAAAAGUGGUAAUUGAAAUUGAAUUCUAUUACCAGCUAUUAUCAAAAUUCAACAUGUUGCGAAUGGCCGUGAUGAGCAUUCUGCGCAAAGUAAUAGCUAAUAGGCCUCCUUUAAAAGUUGUGAUAACGCGCAGUCAUUCCCACAUUGAUAAUGAAAGCUCUGAAGCAUGGGGCGAAGAUCCUAACGACCACAGGCCCAUCCAUAAACCAAUUAACCCAGUCAAGAGGGAAGAUUCCAAACGUAUCAUCGAAUUGAGGAAAAAACUUAAAGAAGAUAUAGAAAACCCAAAGGAAGAUAUUUAUUCCCAGAACUUACUGAAGUAUAAGAGAGGAAAAGAAGAGGACCCAUUGCCUCCGUGGCCGGAGAAUACCAAUCCGCAUACUGGUGAGGUAGGAGGACCGAAGGGACCGGAACCAACUAGAUAUGGGGAUUGGGAAAGAAAAGGAAUAUGCGUUGAUUUUUGAACUAUUUAAUCGUCUGAAAUAAAAAGUGUUCUCUAU